AAAUGUAUUUUGUUACGUAAAUAAUUCAAGCAACAUAUAUUGAUGUCAACGUGCUGCACACAUGCUCAGAGCCAUCGUUCUUUUUGAUAGGAAAGAAUUUUGUCAGUUUUUGACUAAUUCACACGAGCGAUUUGCUAACGUCAAGUUAUUGUUAUUGAAAAUGGCAGAUCAUUCUCCAUAUUUCCAACAUGGUAGGAUAACCAGAUCAAAAUUGUUAUUGGGCAGACCAACCGUCUUGAAUCACACAGCGCAGCCGGCUUUCUCUCAAGACAUGUUGCUGAAAAUUAAAGUAGAGCCUCAAGAGGAUAACUGUGUUCAAACAGCACGCGCUUUUAAUGAAGAUUCAACACCAGAACAUAUUGCUAAAUGUGAAAACGUUUGUGUAAAGUCGGAAUUAGAUGUUGGUGAGAUUAAAGAAAUUAAACAAGAACCACUGGAAAGUUAUUAUGAGCCUAAUCUAGACAAAGGCAAUAGUGCUCUUACAACGAAAAAUGAACGUAAGACAAGAAAAAGAGGUAAACAAUUAAUUCGGUAUGAAAAACUGCCAAUAAAAUCAGAAGAAACAGACAGUGAUUUUCAGACUAGUUCUGAUUACAACCAAAAGAAAAUAAAGUGGGAGCCACCAAACUGGAAAACACAAUUUGAAAAUAUCAUUGAAAUGAGAAAAGACAGAAGUGCACCUGUAGACUCAAUGGGCUGUGAUGAAAUCAGUGACAAAGAUUCAAAGCCAGAGGUGUACCGCUAUCAGGUACUACUGUCACUGAUGCUUUCCAGUCAAACCAAAGAUCAGGUGACAUCAGCAGCUAUCUCCAGACUAAGAGCACAUGGUUGUACUGUUGACAACAUUCUUAAAACAUCUGAUGAACAGCUUGGAAAACUAAUAUACCCUGUAGGCUUCUGGAAAAAAAAGGUAAUUUACAUAAAGAAAACCAGUGUUAUUCUGCGAGAUAACUACAAGUGUGACAUUCCCAAGACUGUGGAAGACCUGUGUAAACUUCCAGGAGUGGGACCCAAGAUGGCCUACCUUACCAUGAAAUCUGCCUGGGACGAAGUUGUGGGCAUAGGUGUGGACACACACGUACAUCGCAUCAGUAACUGGCUGGGCUGGGUGAGGAAGCCUACCAAGACUCCAGAGGAGACACGAAAAGCUUUGGAAGACUGGUUACCUAGGGAGUACUGGGGCAAGAUUGAUCUUCCAUUGGUGGGCUUUGGCCAGCAAAUCUGUACAGCCGUCAAGCCAAAGUGUGAUUUCUGUCUUAACCAACAGAUCUGUGCUGUCGGCAGGGCAAAUGUCAAAACAUCAAAAGUUAAACUCAAAGAAGAACAGAUAGAAAUAAAGGAAGAAUCAUGACUUCAUUUCCUAAUGUUUAAUUUACAUGAUUAAGGCAAAAACUAUUACGUAAGUCAGCAUCUGUUGCAGUGACUGAAAACUGUGUCAAGCUCCAGUUAUCAGAACCGAUGCAAUACAAAAUAAUUAGUUCUGUAUGCAUGUGUAUUUGUUUUAAUCUUGUACAGUAGUGUUGUAAUUUGUGUUAAUUAUAUCAACAAUUUUAAUUGUAUUGUAACAAUUUUAAUAUACAGUAAGGGAUGUAAAAUUCAAAUUAAUAUUCUUUUAGUCAAUAGUCUUGUUGAAGGUGCUGAAAUGAGGAAGGAGACAAGGGGGCCUAUACAGGUUGGAAGUCAAUAAAGAAAGUAAUGUAUCAGAUAGUAAUAUGUUUUUAUUUUUUCUUCUUUUUUUUCAAAGAUUUUUUUGGAUGGGAUGGGUGUUGGGGUGGGGAUAAUAAAUUGAUGGUGAAGUAGACAAUUAGGUAGUCUCUGGAAGAAGGUUUUACUUAACCUGGGGACUUUUCAUAGGGAAGCUUUCAUUCACUGAUGUAUAAGUAUGUUUAUAAGCAGUAUAAAAUUUGCUCAGACCAUAUGUGAGAUGUUUGCAAUGGGAACUAGAGAAUUUUAUCUACUUCUUUCAUUAUUUAUUCAUCUUCUUAUUGCAUAAAAUGGCAAAGGCUAAACAGUGGCAAACACAGUACAUUUCAUUAUGAGUGACAAGCUUUCACUAUUCUGGCAAUAAAUCCAUGCCAGGUAAUUAGCCCACCAUGUCUAAUACAGUUCAGUGGAAAUGCUCAAGCUAUUUUGUUGUCAUGCAACAAGGCCACUCUCUACUGUGAAUCAAAAUGUAUGUGUUGCUCCGCUGGGCUUAUAUCAGGAUAAAUACGUCAAAUGCUUUUAGAAAUACAUUAAGAGUUUGUCCACAGUAUACUUAUACUGAUAUAAAUUUGUUACUACUGGCUUUAAAAAUAGACCAAGACAACUUUUGUGUCUACCUCAUUUAUGUAAAUGUUCAUAAGGAUGUAUUUUAAUAAAGACUAAUGAAUGAGA